GGCAGAUAAAUUUGCUAUUUAGAUAUGCGCUUAAUGAUACGAAUGUAGUACUAGUACGCUAUUCUACUCUGGGCACUACCCCUAACUAGAAUAGAUGUCUGUCCAGCUGGGAUACACUGUCAACGUUGUCAACGAUGAAUCUGGCCGAUGCAAGGGCAAUUGCCCUAUCCUGCAAAGUCAACACGGAAGCGACGCUGGACCUUUGACACACAACUACUCUGGCAAGGGAGCUAACUCACCGACAACCAGCUCACCCAUGCUGGGUGUAAUUUGCGACAGGACCGCCCUGGGGAAAUACCAAUGAAACAUAUGAAAGUAAACGCACCUUGGACCCCAAUACACAGACCCGCCGUUAGGAAGGAUGCACUUCCUGGGUUGGUAAUAGAAGCUGAAAAAGGGACCUGACAAGCAGAGUACAAGACUCACCUACUGGGCGAGACCAUCUUGUAGCAAAACUACGAGGUCAUAGGAGCACGAGUGCCUUACCGCCAGAAGCUGUGACUU